GGGUAGAGACAGGAGACCUCAGAGGUGGUUCUCAUUUCAGCUGCAGCUCCAGGUUUGGGCUCCGACUCUUCAGGAAAUGGGCCAGAGGAUAGCCUGCUGGGCCCAGAACAGGUGAUUCAAGGGACAAGCAUCUCCUGCAUCCUGUGUCAGUGACUUGGACAGCAUGAACUGGGCAUUCCUCCAAGGGCUCCUGAGUGGGGUCAACAAAUAUUCAACCAUCCUUGGCCAAGUGUGGCUGUCAGUGGUACUGAUAUUUCGAGUACUAGUGUAUGUAGUAGCAGCAGAGAAAGUGUGGGACGAAGACCACAAGGACUUCGACUGCAAUACUCGACAGCCAGGUUGUGCCAACGUCUGCUAUGACCAUAUCUUCCCCAUCUCCCACGUCCGCCUGUGGGCCCUACAGCUGAUCCUGGUCACAUGCCCCUCACUGCUCGUGGUCAUGCAUGUGGCCUAUCGAGAGGAGCGGGAGAGAAGGCACCGCAUGAAGCACGGACCCCAGGCCGCACGCCUCUAUGGCAACCCAGGAAAGAAGCGAGGAGGCCUCUGGUGGACCUACCUACUGAGCCUGAUAUUCAAGGCUGGCGUGGAUGCCGGAUUCCUGUACAUCUUCCAUCGCAUCUAUAAGAAUUAUGACUUGCCCCGUGUGGUGCACUGCUCUGUGGACCCCUGCCCCAAUGUGGUAGAUUGCUUCAUCUCCCGACCCACGGAAAAGAAGGUCUUUUCCUACUUCAUGGUGGCCACGGCUGUUAUCUGCAUCCUGCUCAAUCUGGGGGAGGUAUCCUACCUGAUCUGUAAGAGAUGCCAGGAGCGCCUAGGUUCACAGAACUCUAAACAUCGGCAGCGACAGAGGCGUAGUCACCAUGGUCCCUUGGGGUCUUUGCGAGAUGCCUGUCCCCCUUAUGCUCCCUCCCAGGCUUUGCAACAAGGUGACCCCUCCAGGGAGGUCACAUUGCCUUGUUGA